AUGACCACUUACACUAGAGCCGGGACGAUGCGAGUCUUCCUUGUUCAGACGGCGCAGGGACUAACUCCCUCGUCGGGCGGCUACAAUGCCAAUGUCAACCUUCUUCGCAGCCUCAGCAAGCAGGGUCACGAUACUGCCCAGCUUUGCUACGCCAACGACGACGAGAUCCUAGAGCACGCCGCCCGUGCCAAGCUUAACGGCAUCAACCCCAACGUUGCCAUCUCUUCCCUGUCGGUUGUCGACCCUCCCGGCCAGGCCUUCGAACUAGGUGUUAAGACCUUCACUGACGAGCACAACCGCAAUGCCUUGACCGCGAGAAUGGACUACCUUGUGAAGCUUUUCGCCAAGCACAUCACCGACUUUCAGCCGACCCAUGUCAUCUUCAAUGAUCCGAUCACCAUGAAGCUCUCGGCAUCCCACCCGAUGCGCCACACGUUCAAGCGCAUCAACAUCAUCCACACGGCCGAGCAGCUCCCCUUUGGCCCGUUUGUUGCUGGCGUCGACGGUCAUUGUCUCUCCCCUGCCGCUGAGAACCGCCUGCUGCGCGAUCUCGAUGGGAUUUGGUCCGUCUCCAAUGCAGUCAAGGAUUACGCCUGGACCCACGGCCGGCUGAUGACCAAAUUCCUUGUCCACCCUCCCAUGACCUACCUCGAUAGGGUGACGGGAGGCAUGCCUGUCGUGCGCAACAACAUUGACAAGGACGAGAUCGGCAUGGUCAACCCCUGCCCUCACAAAGGCCUUUCGAUCCUGAUUGCACUCGCCCGCAAGUUUCCUCACCUGAAAUUUGUUACCUGGAAGAGCUGGGGCUCCCGCACCGUCCACCUUGAGCAGCUCUAUUCACUUCCCAAUGUCAAGGUCGUGCCGACCACCAAGAAUCCCGACGAAAUUUGGGAUCGCAUCAAGGUUCUACUGGCCCCUUCCCUGUGGUAUGAGGCCUGGGGCAUCGUGGUGACUGAAGCCCAGCUUCGUGGCAUUCCCGUCAUUGCGUCCAACGCGGGUGGCCUCCCUGAGGCAAAGAUUGGUCUUCCGUACUGCAUCCCUGUCAAGGAAGUCACCGGCAAGCGCCAGGCCAACGGCGACUACGUGAUCCCCGAUCAGGACAUUGCCCCCUGGGAGGAGGCUCUCCAGAAGGUCAUGGGCGAUAGGAAGGAGUACCAGGCCCUCCAGACCCUCACUGCCACCAAGGCUCGGGAGUGGCUUCGCAGUCUGUGCCCCCGCGCUCAUGAGCAGUGGCUCCUUUCCAUGAUGGAGCAGAAGUAG